AUGAGCUCGACAGGGCAAUUCCCAAUCGUGGACUCCCACAUCCACCUCUUCCCAGCAACACAUCUAAAGACCCUAUCCUGGCACAGCGACUCCAACCCCCUUGGCAAACAACACAGCAUAGAUGAAUACAAGCAAGCCACCAAAUCCAACGCAUCAGCCCUCCGCGGCUUCAUAUUCCUCGAAACAGACCGCCUCUCAUCGGUAACAGAAUCACCCACCUCAACAUUCACCUCAACCCCAAUUCACGGCUGGACCCACGCCCUAGACGAAGUCUCCCUCCUAACACGCAUAGCGCUAGGCGAACCAAUCGCCGGCGAAGGCCACAGCCCAGAAGAUAAAGAACUCUGUUGGGGAAUUAUACCAUGGGCACCUAUCCCCGGCGGGCAAGAUGUAUUGGAACAAUAUUUGGAUCUAGUGCGGGAGCGGGUGCGGAUGGGUGAGGUGUGGGCGAAGGUCCGUGGUGUGCGGUAUCUCGUGCAGGAUAAACCUGCCGGGACGAUGCUUCAGGAUGGCUUUGUGGGGAGUCUGAGGUGGCUUGGGAGGUUGGGGCUGACGUUUGAUCUUGGGGUUGAUGCUAGGUCAGGGGGGUUGGGGCAGUUGAGGGAGGCGGUUGAGAUGAUGGGGAGGGUUUAUGAGGGGGUUACGGACGGGAGGGAGGCUGUUACUAUUAUUAUUAACCAUAUGUGCAAGCCUAAUCUCCGUCUCCCGCCUGCUUCUGUUCGCUCUCAUCCUGAGUUCUUGGAGUGGAAAGAUCUUAUUACGAAGAUGGCUCGGGCUCACCCGAAGACUUAUAUGAAGCUUUCCGGGGCGUUUUCUGAGAUUGAACCUCUGGCUGGGCAGUCUGAGCCUGAUUUCGAGGCUAUUGUUGAGCGUGUCCGGCCCUGGACAGAUGCUGUCUUUGAUGCGUUUGGUGCGGAGCGUGUCAUGUAUGGAUCGGAUUGGCCGGUUUGCAAUGUUGGUGGUGGUGGGAAUGAUGUCUCGUGGGGCCGCUGGAGGCGGGUUGUUGAGGAGAUUUUAGAGCGGAGAGGUUUGUCAGGGAAUGAGAAGGCGGAUGUUUGGGCGAGGGUUGCUAUAAAUGCUUAUAUGAUUGGAUACCCGGGUGUUCGUGGUUGA